GAGGCGAGGUUAGUGAGGACGACUCAGCGCCCUCACGCCUCACCUCCCUCAUCAUUAUCAUCAGCUGUUGCUGCUCCUAAUCCCACGACGAUAACAUCAUCAUUAUUAUCAGCCACACAAGUAACAUUUAACAACGUAGUGAAGAGUCAGGUCUUGUAUGGGACUAGUCAAUCCGGAUUUUAUACAAGACCAGCCGAGCCUGGUCUCGUACAGGACCAGCUGAGCCUGGUCUCGUACAGGACCAGCUGAGCCUGGUCUCGUACAGGACCAGCUGAGCCUGGUCUCGUACAGGACCAGCUGAGCCUGGUCUCGUAUAGGGCCAGCUGAACCUGGUCUCGUACAGGGCCAGCUGAGCCUGGUCUCGUAUAGGACCAGCUGAGCCUGGUCUCGUAUAUGACCAGCUGAGCCUGGUCUCGUACAGGACCAGCCCAGCCUGGUCUUGUAUAUGACCAGCUGAGCCUGGUCUCGUAUAGGACCAGCCCAGCCUGGUCUCAUAUAUGACCAGCUGAGCCUGGUAUCGUACAAGACGAGCCGAGCCUGGUCUCGUAUAGGACCAGCCGAGCCUGGUCUCGUACAGGACCAACAGAGCUUGGUCUCACCCAGGUCUUGGAUAUGACCAGGCGAGUCUGGUCUUUCAUAAGACUAUGUACGCCAGGCCGUAUAGGCCAAGGCAAGCCAGAUCAGUCAAGAUAAAUUCUUAAGUAGAACCAGGCAAGCCCAGUCUUCCAUAGGACUAGGGGGGGUACCAAGUCUUUCAUAGGAGUCUGGAGGCACUACCAAGAAUCAUGGGCGAGCUACAGGACCUGUUUCAACAUUUGGUUCUUGAAAUGAAGAAUUUUCUGUGUCAGGCACAGGCAGAUGGUCAGGUAGUGAAGUAUGAGCUGGAGGUGGUGGUGUCGGCAUGGCAGCCGAGCACUCCCCAUGUGCCCUCCUACAGUUCUGCCUUCCACAGUGCUCUUCUUAGCUUACUACAUGUACUGCAGGAAAUUAGUAACCGCUGCAGUUCUCCAGGCUUAAAAGUUGUUAACCCAGAAGCAAGAACCUACUCUCCACAGCUUCAGUCAAGUGACACAAAUGUUUGUCACAACUUGGAGAGAAUGUAUGCAAGCGAAGUCCAGUGUGAAAACCAUCUUCCCAUAGCACCAAAUCAGCAACACCCAAUUCCAGUAGAAUACAUCAUUAAAGAUGUUUCAAAUGAACACAUCCCAGAUUCACUGGUAAAGCGCUUAUCACCCCAGCAGCCAACCACGAAAGAAACAGAAGCAGCUAAUGUACUUAUGAAUCUAUCAGGCAAAGCAGCGGACAGAACAAAUCAGACGAGAUUGGAUUCGGGUCUUUCUACCUAUCACGAGCUCACUAUUCCUGAUGUAAGUAAAUCAUCUUUGUACUUAUUAUCAUCAGGAACAUUAAACUCUAAAUGUGAAUCGAACAUUAUCAAGAGAGAGUAUUCUUUGUGUGAUGAAGUUCCUCAAAUCAAUGAAAAAGACUUGCUGCCUCUUGCAACUCAGGUACUCUGUCAGUAUUGUUCACAACAAUGUGAAGACUUGGUCGAACUUCAUGAACAUGUCUUAGCUAUGCACAACGUACCUGAAACUGAAACACCAUUAAUGCCUUCCAACAAAAAAGUGAAAAAUCUCUCUGAAGAUGAUGAUGAAUUCCUCAGAAGGCUCAGUGAUGGUAAAAAGCAAAAACAAGACAAAAUUGAAUCGAAGCAAGAUAUUGAACCAAAGCAAGAUGCUGAAAACCAAAUCAAAGAAUGUUCAAAAGACUCGGCUGUUGUGCUUCCCACAAGCACCUCGUCUGACGUACAGCUGACCAAAAACAAGCAGUACACAGAAGAAAAGAAAUUAAAGAGAAAACAAAAAUUAAAGAAGGAAAGUAAACCAAGCAGCAGCUGGAUAAUUUAUGAAGUGUCUGAUCACCCAAAUUGUUCGCUGGGGGAAGAGAGUGAGCAAACCAAAAGUUAUGUGAAGGAAUGUAAAAACUCACCUCAGAUGCAAAACACUCCUGGGUCAGAAUUACCCACAUACAGUUCUCAUGAACAUUUUGUUCAGGAAAGUACUACACCAGAAGCCAGAAAUGAUAACUUUUAUGAUAAAGAUGAAGAAUGGCUAAAACAUAAUUCGGGUGAAAAUAUAACUGAGCUCACACCAGUAGGAAAUGAUGCUCUGGCAAUGGCUAUAGAAUCCUCACAAAUCAGAGUCAUUGAGGCAAAAGUAACUAUCUAUGUGUGUGUAAAGUGUAGCUCUGGCUACACUGAUGCUCAAGAAUUUAAGGACCACAUCUGUCACGCAAGUCGUCCACUUGUGCAGACUUGUGCUGAUGGGUCUGUGACACUGGCGUGUGACACAAGUGUUUGCGAGGAUCGUAUCCAGCUGCCAGAAAGUAAUAUGUGGUAUUUUCCAGAAUUUUGUAUCAGACGACCUGCGGAAGAUGAGAAAAGUGAAAUUCGAGGCUUGCAGAUCAUUCACAAUCCCUCAGGAAGAAGAAUACUGCUACAUACGCACUACCAACCUGCUUAUCUCAGUGAGCAGCUCAUUUCUUUCAGGUGUCCCACUUGUGAGAACGACUCUGAUAGUCUGGGCAGAUUCCUAGAGCAUUUAACUAAAGGUCCGUGCAUGUUUUGGUGCCCUGAGUGCAAGUUGGUGUACAUCACGCAGGAUAAGCUACAGAAGCACAGAGCCUCUCUUCAUCCCUCUCUGGAGGAUCGCACAUGCCCAAACUGUUGUAUGGUAUUUGAGAAGAGGCACCAACGAAAUAGACACCUUAGGACUAAAUGCUCUCAACGCCACAUUUGUGUCAUCUGCGGUGGAGUACUCAAAAAUGAGUACAAUCUCAGGGUUCACAUGCAGUCUCAUGAGGAAAGAACUCAUGUGUGUAGUGAAUGUGGUGCAGCCUUUCACCGUCGACAAAUUCUAACGAGGCACAUGAUGCGUCAUUCGGGAAAGAAACCUCACGCCUGCUCACAGUGUGAUGCAAAGUUCUAUACUCGUCAGCAUCUCAAGACACACAUGGAUAGACAUAGUGGUUUCAGGCGGUUUCCUUGCAGUUCUUGUAAUAAAGCUUAUUAUUCCAAGCAUGACAGAGAUACACACUACUCCAAAGUACAUUGUAAAGUUGUUAGUGGACAGAAAUCUUUAGUGGUUCACAAACAAAAAUUGGAAAAUGAGCAUAUAAUUGAAUAAGUUUUUAUGAAUGUACCUGUAUAUAUUUAAUUUAUAAAUAAUUGAAAGAAUUUUCCAUAUAGGUUUUGUAAAUUACUGGUUAUACAAAAACCUUCAUGAUAAUUAGUUAAAUAAUUACACUUGCAAAUCCAAAUGAAAUUAUAAUUUUAUCCAUUCAUAUUGUGAGAUAUUCUCAUAUAUAUCCUUCUUCAUUUCUUAGUUUUUAUGUUAUCAUUGGCAUUUAAACAGGAACCACUAAUCAUGUUUAUACUUUUCUUGCAUUUUAUAUGCAUGAAAAACAAAAUACUGUAAUGCACAUUCAUCCAAAUGAAAUUAAAUAUCAAAUUUCUGUAAUAGACAUGGUUUUUGGUUGGAUUAAUGUUCUUAGUACAAGUGCUCCAGAAAUUAUCAAUGAUCAGUCAUUGCUUGCUUGACAAGUUAACUUAAUUUCUCUUUCCUGCAACCCUAUUUCUUCCUCCUUAUUUUAUUUCUUAUCCACCUCCUUUUUCCUAUUCUUUUCAUGCUCUUCACCUUUACCCCUCCUCUUUCUUCUGCCAACCUUUCCUGCUUUGCCUUUUCCUGACAAUCUUUUUUUUUUUCCCCUAUCCACCUUAUCCUCCUGAUAUCUCUUCCUUCCAUUCUACCCACUCAUCCUUUCUCUAUUCCAUCUGUCCCAUCUCCUUACCCAUUUAUCCUUAUAUUAAUCCUCUGCUUCCUCCACUUCUCAUUCACCCCUCCUUUACUCUUCCUUCCUUCCCUCUACCCCCCUCCUCCCUAAUAUUCAUCUCCUCCCCUACUUACACAUUGAGCUUGUGCUAUUCCUACACUACUACUCAGAUUCAGAUUAUUUAUACCAAAGUUAUGUAAAUCGUUUCAAAGUUGAACAGAAUGAGGUGCACAGACACUAAAAUAUAUUUUAUUUUAAUACACGCUGUAUAUUGAAUAACAAAUAGCUUACAAUUUGAGUGGUGAUAUAUAGUGGGGAAAACAUAGAAUCAAAUUUGAAUGAUAAGACUACAAUAGUCUAAAUGUAAUAUGAAUUUAUAUAAAGUUGCACAGCUUACUUAUUACAAUGAACAUAAUAACAAAAAAUAUAAUUAAGCCAUAUCAGCAGUGGGUUCACUGGCUAACCUGGAUCAAACUCUGUGAACACACAAGAACAUGUAAUGGAGAUCAAAUUCAAAUUGCUUAUCAACAAGCCAUAUGUUAUGUUCAGUAAGUGUAAACAAGUGCAAUUUUGCAGGUACCGAGUCAUAUUGACUAAUGAAAUAUGAACAUUUGCUGUUCAAAUGUGCCACUUGCUUUCAAAACCUAUUCCUUUCACAAAUUGCUUCCCUGUAAUACACACAGCCUUAUUUAUAUGGAGAGAAAUGGGGUAGGUUUGUGCAGUAAUAAACCCAACAUUGUCAAACGUGACUUACAAAUUGGUCUUCAUGUCAUCUCGACCAAAAAUAGUAAACUUCCUUAAUCUACAUGCCUACUGGCCAUAAUGUACUAGGCUGAGGUCAUUUGAUAGAAAGGACCCCCCCCCCCUAUAUGGUCUUGAUUGCCUUAUCCUAUUUAGUCUUCCAUCAUUUGGUUAAAUGCCUCGCUUAUAAGGGUAAGAUGAUGUGCUUCCAUACCAUUCCCUUACAAUAACUAGAAUACUGUAUAAGAAUUAGAGAGCACUACAUCAGGGCUGUUGGCUCAUACUAGGCAGGUCAUAUUUAACUCCACCCACCUCUCACACGUAGGUAUCUCAUCUAUUAUUGAAGUCUGUCUCAGUAAUACUAGCUGGUAACCCAUUCCACAUUACUCUUAAACAGUAUUUCCCAUAUGUUCCUCAUAAAUUGAAAUUUCUCCAGCUUGUACCUAUUGUUGUGGUUUUUGAGCAAAGACAUAGUUUUAGAA